GCGCGGCCCUGAAAGCAGCCGGAAGUAGCGGUCUCCAUGGAAACCCCCCGAGGCACAAACUUGCCGUCGGUGUUUUCAGACAGAAACAUGGCUGCAGACAGCGAGUUCAGCAAAUACGAUGCGACGCGUCUGCAGGAGGAGCUGGAGCAGGAGAAGGAGAUGAGGGAAAUGCUGGAGGAGUCCGUGUGUGACCUGCGGGGAACCAUGUGUGAGCUGCAGGAGCGACUCCACAGUGUGGAUGGAGAGGGUAACGAGUGGAAGACGAGGUAUGAGACACAGAUUGAGCUCAACAGACAGUUGGAAAGACAGAUCUCACUCAUCCACGAGAGACUGGAGGACCUGCGAGGGAACCCCAUGGAUCGAUUGGCCUCCAUCCGGUCUUAUGAUGACAUGGCAGUGGAAACACUGAGGCAGCGUCUGAAGCUCCUGAGCGAAGAGAAGUGCGACCUCCAGACUCAGCUGAUGGACUGUCACCUCAGAACCCAACAGGAGGGAAAGGCAUUUCACAAAACCAACGACGAGAGACGGGCGUAUCUUUCAGAAAUUGCCAAGCUGUCCUCCACCAUCGAGGCCCAAAGAAGACAGUACUCCACCCGGCCACAAGGGGCGCUAGACAGCAAACUGAGGAGCUCAGUGAGGCACAACAGAGGGAAGCAGAGCAGCAGGAAUGCAGAGGCUUAUCCUAAGAAAGGAAAAGAAAGAGAAGAAGAAGGUGGAGGAGGAGCGAACGUGAAAGGAGGAGGUGGUUGUGGGGCAACAGCAGAGAGGAGAGAAGAGGAGAGGUCCCAGAGGGGGAACAGGUUACCCACCAUAAAGCACUAUACCUGAAACACAAUCCCUGACCCAGACCUGAUGUUAGAGGCCCUUUCUUAAAAUACAGUAAAUGUUGCUGUCUCCUGCGUAUGAUGGACUGAUGGCAGAAGACAUUUUCUAUAUUCUUUUUUAUUUGUGCAUUUGAUUUUGUACUUUGUACGCGUCUGUCAGUUUCAUAUGUUUUUGUAAACAUUUCUCAAAUAUUAGAGAUGGCAGAUAUUACAAGCUUUGAGCGCAGUGAGGUCAUAUCCAAACACAUCUCCUACAACUUGCAUUACGUAAGCAGCAGCACUUCCACCUCUCACACAGUAUGUAGUUCAUCUGCAGAGCAACAGAGUCCCCCCCCCGCCCCACCGACCACCUUUACAAAUGUGGGAGUAAGAAAUCUGUGUCCAAGUAGUGAAUAUGAAAAUUGCCAGAAGCUGUUUCAUUCGUGUUUUGUGGAGCAGUGCGGAGGAUGGGUUCAGUUCCUGUCAGCUUCAAAACUCCGAGCUGAAACAGUUUCUCCUUACUAAGGACGCACAGGCAAUACAAGCAUGAAUUCAUCAAUUUGUUUAAAUAGUUGAGUUUUAUCUCAUGAAUAUAACACUUUAGGUUAAAAAGUAAAGAAAACUAUUUUUUUCCCCAAGCUGAUUUUUAAACUAUAUAUACAGAUAAAUGAUAUGUUGCAACUAAUUUUGAUUUUGUACCUAAACAUGGUUCAAUCACAGUAAUUUAUUUGUUCAUUCAAUAAAAGUACUCCAGAAUCAGUGAAUGCUCUAAAAGCUACAGGAGACUUUUCUUUGUGUUUGCUGGAAUCGACUACACGGUCUUAAAAUCCCUGCAGCAGCACAGAGUGAAUUCAGUUUUCAGGAGUAUUUUAGCUUUACAGGCUCACUUUCUGUAUGUUUCUGUUCCCGGCUGAGUCGGCGAACGAUCCUGAAUGUGCUGCUGCGGUGGUGACGGGUUGUUUAUCUUAGAUUAAUGACUUCAUUUAAAGACAGCCAGGAAGUGUUGCCUCAUAAGAGGGAGAGCACACUGCUCUCUGCCUCCGUCUUCAAGCUCAUGUUACUACAACUCCGUGCGUGCUGCCCCUCCUCCUCCUCCUCAGGUGAAACGUGGUGACAAAUCAAUACACCAUGUGUCAAAACACCACAUGAAUCACACUAUUGCUGCCUGCCCCUGCUAAUUCACUUCUCUCUGCACUCACCAUGCUGCAAAAGAAAUGUGUACAUGCAGUGCGUGUGUGUGCAGAAGACAAGUGUAGAUGUGAAAUACAGCACAAUACUUGUGAAUUGAAUAUCUCGACUUUUUACGGCCAUCCCCACGUUCACACAUUGUGUGAUGUGCAAACUUGUUGUUGCAUAAAGAUGCAGUGAUUGCUGACAGCAUCUGUCAACAGUCUGCGGGGGCAGUCUUUUAAAUGUCUCUCCUGAGCUCUAAAAUGAAGACAUAUUUAAUCUUGCAUGUGCUAACUUGUGUCUUAACGUGUGUUUUAGUGUCGCUGAAACAACUAUUACAAUAAAAAAAUUGGAAGUCGUGAGUC